AUGAAGCAACUCCAAAUAAUAUUCUUCUCCGCUUUUUUAGUGUCUUGGAUUGCUGCAAGCACUCCAACUUGCACAAAUGGAUUCACUCUGGUUAAUAACAAGUGUCUGAAACUUUUCACGGAUGUUUCAACCUAUCGAGCCGCCGAAAAUACAUGCAUGGUUUACGGAGCAACUUUGGUGACAGCAAAGAAUUCUAUUGACAACCGCGCAAUCACCACAUUCGUUAGCUCAGCGGCUUCUUUGAUUUGGAUCGGACUGUACUGUUUGGAUAGUUCUCCAUCCAGAUGUCUAUGGGAUGAUUCUACGGGCGCCGCAGAUACUUAUAAUAGUUUUUCAAGCGGUUUUCCACUCGUUGACAUUGGGAAAUGUGUUUACUACUCGACGCAAGGUGCGCUGGCUGGAAAAUGGUUGAGCGGAGACUGUGAUAAGGAGCCGAGAGCAUACGUUUGCGAAUUGCCGAGUACACAUGCAGACGACUGCCCCUACAACUACAAUGGCUACUGUUACACCUUCUCUCAAUCAUCUUCCGCCUUCGCCGGAGCCCAAACCCAAUGCGAGCUAAACUGCGGAAACCUAGCCUCAAUCACCUCCGCUAACGAAAACCGUUACAUCACUACAGUAUCCCGUCGUCUUGGUCGCGGAUCUGUCCUAAUCGGUGGAAUGUGGCCAUCAACAAACGUUUUCAGCUGGGUAGAUGGCUCCGUUUGGUCCUACAACAACAUUGAUCCAUUCACAAACCACACUGAUAACUGCAUGGUAAUGUCAAAUGCUGUCACUGGAACCCCAUCAGCUGGUUCUUGGACAAGUGUCAGCUGUUCUAGUGCCUUCUCUUAUCUUUGCAAACGUCCAGCUGGUCUUAAAUGCACUAACCCCACUUAUCCAUCAGUUACAGUAACCCCAGUCCCCUCGAAUCCAUCCAACUGUAACUCUUCUCUUCUUUUGGCUCCUGGAAUUAUCACUUCGCCAAAUUACCCCAAUAAUUAUGACAACAACGUGCUCUGCUCUUACCAUCUAGCCACCCUGGGAUCCUAUAACAUCCUUUUGAAGUUUACCUACUUUUCGACGGAGCAUACAUUUGAUUGGGUGGCGGUUAAUGAUGGUGACACUACCGCUAACACUCUUUUGGGUAAUUUUUCUGGACUUUUGGUCCCAUUCAAUGUUGUUAGUACCGGAAAUACUGCCACCGUCACAUUUUCGACUGAUAGAAGUAAUGUGUAUCCUGGAUUUAGCGCUAGAUUCACCUCGUUUGCUGGUUGUAUUGCUUGUUGA